CUUGUAUAUAUAUAAGUAUAGUAAAUACUAAUUUGUUAGUGAAUCAAAAAUUGUUUCAAAAAUUUCAAAUCGUUUGUAAUUAUCGUAUUUUGUUGAAGUACCGAAGAAAAUUUCUCGUUCUUUUGAAGUUUCUGUUCCUCAUUUGACGAAACAUCAGAAAUCAAACAUGACGUCGACUGUUCACUUCAAAUUCAAGAGUAGUUUGGAGUUUGAAACACUCUCGUUUACCGGAUCAGAAAUUUCCGUGGCAGAUCUCAAGAAAGAAAUCAUCAAUAUAAAGAAUAUGGGGAAGCUCAUGGAAAAUUUUGAUCUUAAUAUAACAAAUGCCCAAACCAGAGAAGAUUACAAGCCGGAUGCCAUGGUGCCUAGGAAUUCAUCAGUAGUAGUCGCUCGAGUCCCUGUUUUGAGAUCAUCCAGAAGAGACAAUUUAAGGAGAGACUUAGCUGCUUCGCCCACUAAGAUAGACGACACCUCAUCACCAUUGGAGAUCCUGUCAAAGACUAAGGACAUAGCCUCACUUGAAAUUAGUGAAGAAGAAAAGAUUAGGACAAUGAUGGAGCAGUCAAAUAAAGAUUUUGCCAACGUCAACUACAAUAGAGUCCCAAGAAUGCCAACUGGACCGGUGCCAAGGAAUUACGUCUGUCACAGGUGUGGUCUUCCUGGCCACUACAUUCAGAACUGUCCACGUUUCAAAGACCCAAACUCGACAGAGACAUUUCCACGUUUGAAGAGGAGCACUGGCAUUCCAAACAGCUUCAUGACGACAGUGCACGACAUCAACACACCUGGAGUUCUCCUAACUAGCUCUGGGCAGCUGGCAGUACCGACUAUUGAUGCAGCUGCAUAUAAGGAAGGUAAAAAGGAGAAACCUCCUUUUGUUAAGGACACAAACACGGCAAAGAAACCCGAUCCUAAUGAGAAAUUGAUCCCAAAUGAACUUCUAUGUCCCAUUUGUAAGGAUAUCCUGGUGGACGUUGUGGUCGCUCCGUGUUGUGGGGAGUCUGCCUGUGAUGAAUGUAUCCGUCACAAGAUCCUGGCCUCCGACAACCACCAGUGCCCCAUCUGCAAGGAGACCAACGUAUCACCCGACGACCUUAUAGCCAACAACCUCGUAAGGGCAGCAGUCAUCAAUUACCAG